GUUGUGCGAGCACAGGCCCGCUGUGAUUUGGUAGCCGCUGCAGUAGGAGGAAGGACCGCGGUUCUACCACCUUCUAUCGUCUUGUUUCGACUCUAAAUUCCAUAGGUGGCUCCUUGUAGCAGCGAUCAGUCACUUGUGUGCACUCUAGUCGCCUUCUAUGAUAAUCACGUCGCUGUAUUAUCAACCCACUUAUAUCACUCGCCGUUUUAAUCGCACGUUUCCACUGACAGCAGCGCUAGCACAACAAUGGCUCUGAAAAGAAUCCACAAGGAAUUGAAUGACUUUGCACGGGAUCCUCCAGCCCAGUGUUCUGCUGGACCAGUGGGAGAUGACAGUUUUCACUGGCAAGCAACAAUAAUGGGGCCUAAUGACAGUCCUUACCAAGGCGGGGUUUUCUUCUUGACCAUCCACUUCCCCACAGAUUACCCCUUCAAACCACCAAAGGUUGCAUUUACCACAAGAAUCUACCAUCCAAAUAUCAACAGCAAUGGCAGCAUUUGUCUUGACAUCCUGCGAUCACAGUGGUCUCCAGCUCUCACCAUCUCCAAAGUUCUCCUGUCCAUCUGCUCUCUGCUGUGCGACCCAAACCCGGAUGACCCCUUAGUACCGGAGAUCGCCCGUAUCUACAAGACGGACAGGGAAAAGUACAACAAAAUAGCCCGGGAAUGGACACAAAAGUAUGCAAUGUAGUGUUGGAGCGGAAUCAUUGCCAACCAGCUCUACGGCAAAAGAUUGGGGAGCUUGAGAUGUAAAGAGAAAACAAACAAAAAACACAAACAAAUGAAAAAGUUGUUGGUUUCCAUUGGAGUGCUUUCAUUGAGCCACACCCCCCUCCCCCUCCCCACACACACCACCACCAGAUUACCUGUAAUAGUCCCUCGACACCCCGUGCCCCCCAUUCGUGUCAUCCCUCUCAUCUGUCUUGCUUCAACCCCUCCCAUCCUCACCUGCACACCCUCCCACGUACUAACAGCCGACUUGCCAUCCUCUCUGUUUUGGCCCCUGCUUCCUCACUCUAGUGUUUUAUUUGGUCUCCAAGCAGGUGUGGCUUUUGCUACCUUCCCCAGGCCCUUCAUCACUUAAAGCAUUCCUUUGAGCAUCAAAAAUUAUUUUCAUUUCCCGUUUUAGGGGGGGAGGGGCACAAUAAAUUGGAGGGACAUUGACACUCUGCAUCCUUUGUUUUUUCUUUUUUUAAUCCCAUCCGUUGAGAAGGCAGACUGACAGCGAGUGGAAAGGCACUCUGUAUUUCAUGGCCUUCUGUUGGAUACUAUGAACUGACUUGAAUUUAUCUCCAUAUUUUCCUGCUCCUCACACCUCCCAGAGUUGAUCCAUUUGUACACAGCUGAACACACACACACAACACAACAAAACACACAGAUAACUAACCCCCUCAACUACCGCCAUCUUUUUCUUUAUUGACAAAGUGGAGGUUUUGGACCAGGUAUUUAAACAAUUUAUUUUUCUUAGUUCAACCUGUGUUUUUACCCCCUACCCAUAACUCUUUAGGUUGCUUUUAUUUUUAUUUUUUUUUGUUAUAUGCUUUUUGUUAAACUAGAGGCUAACAUCUAAAUGGCUCUGGGACUGGCUUGGGCUCUGAGUGCAAGGAGAACACACUCUUCUUGCACAAAACCUCUGUAUAUUGAAUUACCUGAGAGGCUCGUUGAGCUUUGUGUGUUGAUUAAACUGUGUAAUAAAAA